AAGUCAAGCAGACGGCGAAAGAUCACUGGAAACCAGAAACAAUGGAGGCAUGGGACGAGCUCCGGCGAGCACAAACCCGAAUCCUCGAGCGCAUUUCCAACCUCGAGCUCUCUCUCCUCUCCAGGACUUUCGCUUCCUCCUCCUUCGCCGUCUCCUCGCCGCCCGCCGCGAGCGGCGGCGACGCCGCCUCGGCCUUCUCCGGGCAGCUCUCGUCGCCGCUCGCCGUCGCGGCGACUUCGGAUUCCGGCCCCUGCACCGAAGCCCGCCUCUCGGCGAUCCUCAGGAGCGGUGGCGUCGCGGACUUCGCUUUCAAGAGAGUUCCGGGGGAUUACUACGAGCGGUCGUACGAGGAGAGGCAGAGGAUCCUCGGCGCGCACUCGAUCGAUCACCUGUGCAAAAGCAUCGUCGUGGUGAAUACUCAAGCUCCAUCUACUGUCAUUGAUUGCAAGGAUCGAAACAAUUCAAAGUAUUAUGUUGUAGUUGUUCAGUAUACUGCUCGGCUUAAUGCCGAAGCUCUAAAAAACUAUCUUUAUGCACUCAACGAUGGCAAGGUGCCAAAAAAGAAAUUCAAUUUGAGGCUCGCCCCCGAGGAGACAUCCCUGAUGUUGACUGGAUUUGAGCACAACGCAGUAACAUGUAUUGGCAUGAAGACUGAGAUUCCGGUGAUUCUGGAUGAAGCCAUUGUGAAGCUUAAUGCCGAUUUCUUCUGGCUAGGAGGUGGGGAGGUUGAUCUGAAGCUUGGAAUACGGACUCCUCAAUUCAUUGAUUGCGUCAAACCUUUCAUCGUCAGCUGCAGUAUGUGAUUACGCCAAAGGAAAGCUCUAUCAUAUAAGGUCAACAUUUGCUUUCCUGCGAUAUUCAGGUCGGGGUGAUGAUAUUUUCAACACCUCUCUCAUUUUACCAUCAACCAUUUGUCAACUAAUUCAGAGAAAAGCAGUAGCUCCAGCUGUGUUGGUCUGUUAGAACCACCUGAACACAUUUAUUAUUCUUCUAGAUGAUUGGAAUGAUUCGUAGUAAGAAAAUCGGAGAAAGUUAGAAGCAGUUUUUACAAGAAAAGCCAGACCGGUGGCGGUAAUUCUUUCUGACUAGUGUCUUGCAUCCUGAAUCACUGUGUCCAUUCCAACGUGGUCUGUGGACAAUGGACAUAUGCCUAUUUAGUACUCUGUCAGAUCUUUGUCUCCCCGGUGUCAUUGGCUUUCAGGAGAAUGUCAGUAUUAGUUCUAUGUACUCGCUGUCAUCCUUUGAAUUUGAUCCUUCGACUUUAAGUUUUUGUUCGA